CCUGACGCCAAAAGCUCGGACGCGUUUUCUAACGCGCGUUGCUUUAAAGUGAUUUUCCCCAAUUCACACCCCGGUGCGCAAACAUUAUUCCGGCCAUUCUUCCCGAAUUAAUAGAAAUUCCAUUAAUGGAACCGGACGCAAUCAAUUCUCUUCUUUAUGCGUAGUAGUUUAAGCUUUUUAUUUUUAUUUUUAUUUUUUUAGCCAUGGCAACGAAUGAGGCCACAAUUUUGCGCAACUAUCUACUCCUCCCGGCCCGCCUACCUACGAUCAUCUCCUUACAAGAAUUCACCUCUCUCUUCCCUAAAUCUCAACAAUCUUCUCCACAAAUCCGGUCGCUCUAUAGAGAUCUACAGCAGCAGCGUAACGCAGUAGUAGAUGGCGUAUCCCAGAAUAUCGAGGCUCAGGUCAAGCAAGGUAAAGCUUUACGUCGAGAGGUGAUCAAGGCUCGAAGAGAAGCCGAGCUAGAGGAACAAGAUGACGAGAUUGAAAUUGAACGAAUGCUAUUCGGACCUACUUCCAAUACCAUACAGCCGAAGCAACAUACUCUAAUGACUAUUCUACCCGCGAUGGACGAUGCCAUCACUGAUAUGGAACAUGAGAUACAAGCAAUGGAGCAGGAGGAGACCGCCCUCCUUGAGUCUACUAGACAAGCCGUCGGCAACAUGAGCGACCUCCGGUAUGGUCGUUUUGUCAAUCCCAAAUUAAAAGACGAAGUCCUAGAUGGCCUUCGACGCAUGCAAGAUGUGUGUGAACACAAGACGUAAAUCACGAUACAUUCCGAUUUAUUAGAUCACUACCUCCUAUGUGACCCCGACCCAAUGAUACACAAUGCUUAUAACGAAGCUUGAGUUGCAUCCCAACAUGACCACAGCUAGUUUUAGAGCGAGUGUCCAAUAUAUAAACCACAAAUUACCAUUAUCUUCGGGGAGCAGCUUGGCCGGCUGCAGGAGGUCGUCGGCCACCAUCCAUUUGUUGGUUCAAGCGGUUGCUCCUGUACUAUUAUCAGUCACUUGUUCUAUACCACGGGGCUUGAAUAACUCACAUCAUGCUCCUGCUGAAAAUAG